UCCGGAUAUAGGGAUCUUGUGUCCGAAUAUAAUUUCGUCACGACGUGCCCAGUUUCACUUUCCAUUUUCCUGCUUUGGAUGACAUUGCUUACGAGAGAGAAGGUAUCAAGUCCUUUGACCUUUAAAGGAUCGUACACGUUCUGAAGAAGAGUUUAAAGAGGUUUGUUUCUGUUUCAAUUAGGUAAAGUGAUGUCAGUGGCUGAGGACUCCCUAAAAGAGGCGGAGGAGCUUGCCCAACUGCUUGGUGAGGCUCUGAGCAGUGGAGACAGAGAAAAGGCACACAAAUGUUCAGAGCGCCUGUCUGACCUGGGGAUUCCUGUGAGCGUCAAGGUCUCCAAUCUGGCCUACCCACAGGAUGCCAUAAAGCUGAAGGUUGGGGUGGGAGACUCCCAGUCAGAAAAUUACAUCCCUGUGACGGUGCUGGUGUCUGUUGACAUGACCAUCUCUGAGCUGAAAGAGAAGAUCAACAGUGACUAUGGGUUCCACCCCUACCUGCAACGCUGGGUUAUAGGGAAGCGUCUGACCAGAGACGAUGACACGCUAUACAGUCACGGCAUCUGUAAGAACGGCGACCAGGCCUACCUGUACAUCCAGUCCUGCCACGCUGCCAAACUCACCCGCCAGCACCACCUGCAGGACCAGGAGCACAGACUCCUUGACAGUAUAUAUGAGUCUGUGUACUUGGCGCAGCCCCAAGCGCUGGGUGGGAACGCCAUCGAGAAGCCGACCCCGCCUCCUAAACCCACCGUGACACCUCCUCCUCCACCCAAACCACAGGUUGGUUGGUCGUGUCCAGAGUGUACCUAUGUGAACAAGCCCACCCGGCCAGGCUGUGAGAUGUGUGGGCGAGAGAGGCCUGCAGAGUACCAGGUACCUGACGUCCACCAGCCAGACCAGGAGGAGAUACAGCGAAUAAAGCAGGAGGAGAUGGCCAACCUACAGUACCACCAGGUCUUGCACGAGGAGCGUCAGAGGAACUUCCAGAGCCUUCUGGAAACAGACUCCCAUAGUUUGGUCCCAAACACACAGGAGGUGCUCUGCCCCAUCUGCUUCAACUCCGUUCUGCCAGGAGAGGGCGCCACUCUCAGAGAAUGUCUGCACUGCUUCUGCAAGGAGUGUCUGAAGGGGACCAUAGUAACCAGCAUGGAUGCCGAAGUGUCAUGUCCCUAUGGUGACGAGAACUACAGCUGUGACAGCAAGCUUCAGGACAGAGAGAUAAAAUCUCUUCUCACCCCAGAGGAGCACCAGAAGUUCCUGGAGUUGCGGCUGAGCAUCGCUGAGACUCGGAGUGAGAACAGCUUUCACUGCAAGACCCCUGACUGUGCCGGCUGGUGCAUCUUUGAAGAUGAAGUCAACGAGUUCAACUGUGAACUCUGCAGCGAGACCAACUGCCUCCUCUGCAAGGCAAUCCACAAAGAUAUGAACUGUAAGGAGUACCAGGACGACCUCCGCAUCCGAGCCGAGAAUGACGAUGCCGCCAAGCAGACAACCCAGAUGCUGGAGGGCUUGUUGCAGAGUGGAGAGGCCAUGCACUGUCCCAAGUGUAAGGUCAUAGUUCAGAAAAAGGAUGGCUGUGAUUGGAUCUGCUGCCUGAUGUGUAAGACUGAGAUCUGUUGGGUCACCAAACAGGCUCGCUGGGGACCCAAGGGGACAGGAGACACCUCAGGGGGUUGUGGCUGUAACUUCAAUGUGGCUCGCUGUCAUCCCAACUGCCAGAACUGCCACUGAGACCAGACUCCUCUCCAUGCGUGCUAGAUGGUUUCCCUCGGCUACAGCACUGUACUACAGUGAAACUGCUAUCCUAUUUGUUUCUCUCUAUAAGACAAAUAUAAAUAAACAAAAAAUGAUGUUUUAUGGUUUGUGAAAAGCCUCAAAAGAAAGUACAAAUUUCCACCACAAUCAUGGCUCUAUGUAUGCACGAACAAGGUGUUUUGUGUUGUUAUAAUGUGUGAAGUACAGUAGACUAACAUACAGGUGUUAUAGCUGUGUACAGGAUCAAAUGUGUUUGCGUGUCGUUGGGGCUGUGGUGGAAAUUAGAAUUUCAUCUUUUAAAGGCUUUUCCCAAUUUACCACAUGUACUUUUUUUGUUUCCCAAAGCUUUUACACGGUAGACUUGUUAUAUAAUAUAUUGCUAAAAAUGAUGAACAAAAACAACAGGACCGUACAGGCUAGAACUGCUGACCUCUCCGUCCAGGUGAAGAAAUCAUGUUUCACCCUGGUCACUACUGUUGGGGUAAAUGAAGCCACAACACAGGCUCCAGGUUCUCACUCUGGAAGAGGCCGUUAGAUCUGACACUCACGUUUCUUGGUUCCUCAUAUAAAGCACUUUAUAACUUUCCCUACAAUUUUUUUUCUUGUUUCUUUUGGGGUUUAUUAAACCUUUCUUCAUUCUCCAGGAGUUUGCUGGUCCAGUGUUGGGAACUGUGUCCAUUUUGUUAUAACGUGUACAAUUUUACAAAAUAUGGUUGUGAAUGAGAAUGUAUUGUUUAGGUUGUUUGUAUUCAUUCCAUUUAUGUCAAUUUGAACUCGAUUCUUUAUGCUGAAUAGGUGUGUUGAUUAACCUAUGCAGUGUUGAAAAUGUGUCUUAAAAUGUAGCGUCUAAACCUAAUCAAGUUUGUUUUGUUGAUAAUAUAGGUUUAGUCUGUUUCAUAAUUACAUUACCUACAUCACACAUCAAAAUGGUGUAAAAAAAAUAUAUUUUGUGCAGAGCUAAAUGCAAAUGUUUACAAUUACCAAAGAAUAACUAGAAAUGUCAUAAUUUUGACUUUACAUGUGUCUUUAAAACUGUAAAGAGCUCUUCUAUUUUGGGACAGUGCCAAUGGAAAUGUUUACAGCUACCAAAUAAGAACAAUAAACGGAAUUAUGAGUUU